AUGACGUUGCUGCAGAAAGCUUGUUCCAAAAAGUCUCAUGAGGCAGAAGGGCCCAUCGCCAUCAAAUUCGCACAGUGGGCGUCAACAAGACCAGACCUUUUGCCUCGAAGCGUCUGUGACCACCUCUCCCCAUUGCAGGCCAGCGUGAAACCGCACAAUUUUCGUCAGACCAAAAGGAUUCUGACAGACACGUUCGGCCCAACUUGGGAGAGCUCACUACAACUGGCUCCAUCCUCAGAAGAGAAUCAACAGCGAGGUUCUUGA